AUGAUUCAAGGAAGAGAGAGAAGGAAGGAUUAAAAUAACAGGAGAAACCAACGAAUAAGACAGCAGUUAAAGGUAGCAUAAAGCACAGUACUGUACAUGCUUUUCGGGUCAUUACUUUAUGAUCAAAAUAUUGUCCCAUUUCAUCUCAUCUCCAUGCUCCAUGCUCCAUGCCUGCCAUUUUCAACAAAACCAAACCCCAAUUUCGGUAUUUCAACAUCAAAAUCUCACCCCUCCAAUAACCCAUCUAUUUAACGCCUCCAUCAAAACCAAACUGUCACCUCUUGCUUCUUCCUCACACCAAUAUUUUCAUCUCCAGAUACUUCUGCCUGUGACUCAAAAACAUGGGAUUUCCAGUGGGGUACACAGAAUGGGUGCUACCCAAGGUGCUUCUUCAUCUGCUAUCCGUAUUGGGCCUCAUCAGAAAACUCCUCACCAUCCUCUUGUGCUACAUGGGCUUCCACGAUUUCUUCGAACCCGACAUUGCGUGGCCCGAGAGGCUGCCGGAAUUGCAGUCGGUGUCGGCGGUGCUGAUCCGGGAAAUCCUGCCGGUGGUGAAGUUCUCGGAGAUGGCGGGGGCGGAGGGGGAGGCGGCGGAGAGUUGCGCUGUGUGUCUGUACGAGUUCGAGGGAGACGACGAGAUCAGACGGCUGACGAACUGCCGCCACAUAUUCCACAGAGGUUGUCUGGACCGUUGGAUGGGGUACGAUCAGAGAACGUGUCCCCUCUGUCGGACGCCCUUCAUACCCCACCAUAUGCAAGCUGCCUUCAAUGAUAGACUGUGGGCUGCUUCAGGAAUCCCUCAAUUCUACUACAACGAUGAAUGAAACCGUCACUGUUCCUUUUUCUUUUUCCAACAUUUAAGGAUGCAUGGAUGUUAACCCUCUUCUUCGCCAUCUUUCUCUUGUAUAUAUUAUAUACGCAACUUCAAACAAAAUCCAAAGCUCAUAACUGUUGUUAAUUAGAUAUAUCCCUUUUAAUUAUUUUAGUAGCAUUUACCACCAUCAACC